AUGGCCGCCGCAAACAAGGCUUCACCUGACGAUCUGACGAUCGAGAACUUGACCCCCCAUGUCAUCAAACUCGGGUCCCACAUCAACGACGAGCGCCUGAAAUUCGUCUUCGCAAAGCUGAUACAGUACUCACACGACUUUGUCCGGGACACGAGACUGACCACCGCGGAGUGGGAGGCGGCAUGGCAAUACCUGACCGAGGUCGGGCAGUUUUGCACCCCGGACCGGCAGGAAAUGAUCCUGCUGUCAGACGUCCUGGGGAUAUCAGCACUGGUCGACGCGAUCAACAAUCCGUCGGCCCCUCGAGCCACAGAGUCGUCUGUUCUGGGCCCCUUCCACAACGAGGCUCAUGAGUUCGAGAACGGCCAAUCGAUUGCAUCCAAAGGGGCGAUUGGGGAGCCAAUGCUCAUCCGUGGGACGGUCUCCGACACCGAAGGGAAGCCGCUGUCUGGCGCUUUAGUGGAUGUGUGGGAAACGAAUGGUAACGGCUUCUACGACAUGCAGGAUCCCGAAAAGGACGAACCAGAUUGUCGGGGCAUCUUCCACACGGAUGAAGCAGGCAGGUUUGCCCUGGUCGGUGUCAGGGCAGUCGAUUAUCCGAUCCCGUACGAUGGCCCUGUAGGUGUGCUGCUGCGACUGCUGAACAGAUCGAACGUGCGGCCGGCUCAUGUGCACCCCGAUUGCGUCCGGCUCACCACGGCAUUGUACUCGCACGACAGCGAGAACGUGGCGCUAGACCCGGUCUUUGGCGUGAAGAAGAGCCUCAUCAAGCAGUUCGGAUGGUCAGAAGACGGCGAGCUGGCGAAGCAGUUUGGGAUCGAGACGAUUGAGAGGGUUGACGCGAACGGCAACAAAACGACCGGGUUCUGGACUCUCGAGCAUGAUUUUGUCUUGGUGAGGAAGUCAUAG